UGGUGGUGUGAAAGGAUUAGAGCUUUGCCAAUUUGGUAGCCAGGUCAUAAAAAAAAUGAAGGCUAAAUGCCAUGGAAAGUGUCAAUUUAUAUUUGGUCCAAAAUUUAGUUGUGACAUCCACGCAAAUAAGUCAAGAGCGUGAGACUUAGGGUACACAUUUUUUCUUUUUUCUUUCUUCUUCUUGAUUUCCCCUAAAAGCAAGGCAGCCACUACACACAGUUAGUAUAUAAAGGAAGGUGAGUGGGGCUUUGGCGUAGCAAGUACUACACACUACACUUAACAGCACAAACAAAGUGAUGGGAAGGCAACCUUGUUGUGACAAGCUUGGUGUGAAGAAAGGGCCAUGGACUGCUGAGGAGGACAAGAAAUUGGUGAAUUUUCUCCUCGCACAUGGCCAAUGCUGUUGGCGUGCAGUCCCCAAGCUCGCCGGCCUCAGGCGCUGCGGCAAGAGCUGCCGCCUCCGGUGGACUAACUACCUCCGGCCUGACUUGAAAAGAGGCCUCCUUAAUGAAGCUGAGGAGCAACUUGUCAUUGACCUCCAUUCCCGUCUUGGCAAUAGGUGGUCUAAAAUUGCAGCAGGAUUGCCUGGAAGAACUGACAAUGAGAUCAAGAACCACUGGAACACACACAUCAAGAAGAAGCUUAUCAAGAUGGGCAUUGAUCCAAUCACCCAUGAACCUCUAUGCAAGCAAGCCACUCCACCAGAAAUGCCUUGUAAACCAAACAAUCCACCUGCAGAUUUAGACAUGAAUCAGCAGAACGUGAAUAUCCCAGAACAUGGAAUCUCUUCUGCAGCUGAAAGUUCCUCAAGCAAUGAAUCCCAGCCAUUGGAGCCUAACCUAAAGAGUGAAGAUGACCCGUUGAUGAGCUACAUAUUAUCCGAUACAUUCCUGGAAGAUUUGACAUGGGAUUUUUCAGCCUCAUCAGAAGAUAGCUCAGCAGCUGAUAAUCCGGCGGAGGAUAAUAGCUUAGCAUGGUUCUUGGACUGCAAGGAUUUUGGAGUUGAAGAUUUCGAGCUCGGGUGUAUCAAUUAGUGACUGACACACGGUCAUAUAUUUUCAGUACCAGAACCCACAAAAAAGUUACCAACCAAAGCGCUCUCUCUCUCUCUCUCUCUCUCUCUCUCUCUCUCUCUCUCUCUAAGAAGUACAUAGCCAAACAAAGUAACCAAUAAAAAAAAGAAGACGACUUUGUAUGUUGGAGACUUAAUCAUUCUAUCUGAAAAAUGAUGAGGCAAAGGAACGAAAAGACCAACAACUUGUUUAAGAGAUCUGUUUAUUCUCUUUAGCAUUUUGAUUGAUUCCCACUAACACUAUUUAGUGGAAUAUCUGUAAUUUAAAAAUGUAGACUAGUUUGGCCAGCCAGUGGCCAAUGGCAUCAAAAUAUGGGUUGGUAGGUAGGGUGUCCUUUUGCAACAAAAACUACCACACACCAAUUUGAUACAUUUAAGCUCAGUUUUUUUUUAAAUAGCUAAAAAUAAGUACAACUCUGUGGAUGGAAACCCUCAAAUUCACGUAAUUGCAUAUGAAGUUUUCUCUUUUGA